AUGGACGAAACCCUCCCGAUUGAAACUGCGCAAGCGCUUGACUUGCUUGAAAAGCAUGGGCGCGCCUUGAAGUACAGACCCUACCGCGAACAAAUCCAGGAGGAAUCGAACAAAGAUCUUCAUGUGGACACCAAGUCAAAAUUCAUCGCCUUGGAAGAAAUGGUCUCGAGGGAUCUUGGCUUCGGAACUACCGUCAGCCACCCUAGGAUUUGGCUGCUACGGACCCAAAAUAACGGUGCCGCUCAGAAAAACCAUGGCACUCCCCCCGUUUCAAAGUUGCAUGCGCAAGGCCAGUUUCCAUCCCGGACAUCGAGUUCUCGUGCGAAGGAUCCGGCUUGA